AUGUUUGAUGCAGAGCAGUUCCUUCUUGAAAUGGAUUUAUCAUCAGAGCACAAGAUACUCGAACUAAAGAACAAAAUCGAAGCUUCGGUUGUGAUAUGGAAGAGAAAGAUAGUGCAGAAAGACAACAAGUCAUCGUCUCCAUUUAGUACCAAUCUGAGUAUGGAGAAGAGACAGCUACUAGAAGAAAGAGCAGCAACCAUCUUGUUUCUUCUCAAACAAGUUUUCCCAGGGAUAUCUCAAUCCACACUUGACAUCAGCAAGAUACAAUUCAACAAAGAUAUAGGGUUAGCUAUAUUGGAGAGUUAUUCAAGAGUUCUUGAAAGCUUGGCGCACACGGUACUGUCAAGAAUAGAAGAUGUUCUUGAAGCUGAUCAGCUAACACAGGAAUCUGAAGUUGCGGUUUGUAAGCGAGAUAUAGUGAAGGAAGCAGAGAGUCCUAAGAAGGAAGAAGAAAAGGACUUUUGUCUUUUGGAGGAGAGACCUAAAAAGAGCAAAUCUACAAUUUCACUGUCACAGGUAAUGCAAUGGAACAUGGAAGACCAUGAGCAACCGAAGAAAGAAAAGAACGAAACACCACGCAAGAAACUGUUGACCAGAGUGUCAAGCAUGAUCAACAAGAAGACUAGUUCUUAUCUUGAAUCUCUUGGAACAACAAAAAGCCCUAAGGCAUGGAGAUACUCUUGA